AUGAUGCCUAUGAGACCUACCCAAGGCGCUCUGCGCACUCUGCACUACCAGAGAUACCUCGCCUCCGGCAGAAGGACUUUUACUACCUCUUCCGUCGCUGCGACCGCCUCGCCCCACCGCUUUGCUGCUCAGAAGAGAUCCCAGAGCACCGCAACAGCUCCUGCCUCAAAUUCGAGACCGGUCCCGAGCCCUGCCUUCAACCAGGAACCUCACCGCAAUGAGGUGUCGCCACUUCAAAAUCGCCAAGUUCCCGAACUGGACGACUCUACAAACAGUUUCGUCGGACUCAGUGGUGGAGAAAUCUUCCAUGAGAUGAUGCUGCGUCUUGGCGUCAAGCAUGUCUUCGGUUACCCCGGAGGCGCCAUUCUCCCCGUUUUCGAUGCCAUCUACAACUCCAAGCACUUCGAGUUCGUUCUCCCUAGACAUGAGCAGGGUGCCGGACACAUGGCCGAGGGUUACGCCCGUGCCUCAGGAAAGCCCGGUGUGGUUCUUGUCACUUCCGGCCCGGGAGCCACCAACGUUAUCACCCCCAUGCAGGAUGCCCUUUCGGAUGGUACUCCCAUGGUCGUUUUCUGCGGUCAGGUGCCCACCAGCUUGAUCGGUACCGAUUCUUUCCAGGAAGCCGAUGUCAUCGGUAUCUCCAGGGCUUGCACCAAGUGGAACGUGAUGGUCAAGUCCGUCGCCGAACUUCCCCGUCGCAUCCAGGAGGCUUUCGAGAUCGCCACCAGCGGCCGUCCCGGACCUGUUCUCGUCGACCUGCCGAAAGAUAUCACCGCCGGUAUCCUCCGUAAACCCAUUCCGAUGAACAGCACCCUUCCCUCCCUUCCCAGCGCUGCGACCAUGGCCGCCCGCGAAGUGAGCAUGCAGCAGCUCAAGGGCUCCAUUAACCGUGUUGCCCGCCUCGUGAACAUGUCCAAGAAGCCCAUCCUGUAUGUUGGUCAGGGUCUUCUCGCUCGCCCAGAUGGUCCUCAGAUCCUGAAGGAGCUGGCUGAUAAGGCCUGCAUUCCCGUCACCACCACUCUCCAGGGUCUGGGUGGAUUCGAUGAGCUCGACUCCAAGGCGCUGCACAUGCUGGGUAUGCACGGAUCUGCGUAUGCCAACAUGGCCAUGCAGGAAGCCGAUCUGAUCAUCGCUAUCGGUGCUCGCUUCGAUGACCGUGUAACCGGAAACAUCUCCAAGUUCGCCCCCCAGGCCAAGCUCGCCGCGUCCGAGAACCGUGGUGGUAUCGUCCACUUCGAGAUCAUGCCCAAGAACAUCAACAAGGUCGUCCAGGCCAACGAGGCCGUUGAGGGUGACUGCGCCGAAAACAUCCGUCUCCUUCUCCCCCAGCUUGAGACUGUGCCUGAGCGUAAGGAGUGGUUCGAGCAGAUCAAUGACUGGAAGGCUCGGUUCCCCUUCUCUCUUUACGAGAAGCAAACCGCUGAGGGACCCAUCAAGCCCCAGGCUUUGAUUGAGAAACUCAGUGAUCUCACUGCACACAUGAAGGACCGCACUGUCAUCACGACUGGUGUCGGUCAACACCAGAUGUGGGCUGCCCAGCACUUCCGCUGGCGCCACCCUCGUACCAUGAUCACCUCUGGUGGUCUUGGAACCAUGGGAUACGGUCUCCCGGCUGCUAUUGGUGCCAAGGUUGCUCGCCCUGAGGCCCUUGUCAUUGACAUCGAUGGCGAUGCCUCCUUCAACAUGACCCUUACCGAGCUCACCACUGCUGCUCAGUUCAACAUUGGUGUCAAGGUCCUUCUCCUGAACAACGAGGAACAGGGUAUGGUGACGCAGUGGCAGAACCUGUUCUACGAGGACCGUUACUCGCACACCCACCAGAAGAACCCCGACUUUGUUCCCAUGGCCCAGGCCAUGGGUGUUGCCGCGGACCGUUGUACCAAGCCCUCGGAGGUUGAGGAGAAGCUGAAGUGGCUGAUUGAGCAUGAUGGCCCUGCUCUUCUGGAAGUCUUCACUGACCGUAAGGUGCCUGUGCUCCCCAUGGUGCCCGCUGGCUGUGCCCUGCACGAGUUCCUUGUUUAUGACGAAGCCAAGGAGCAAGAAAGAAAGGCUCUGAUGAGGAAGCGGAAGGUUCCCGGCAUUGUCUAA